AUGAGUUCGCCGCAGUUGAUUGCUUUCGUUUUAUUCAUUGCAUUAGCAGCUACCAAUGCCUAUAAAAAGCCUCACUGCUCAGAUGGUAAAAUGACGGACAAAAUACGUGACUUGUUUUUGAGCUUUCACAAUGACGCUCGUCGAAGAGUGGCUCAAGGAAAAGAGCCGAAUAAGGUCGGGAAGUUGCAUCCAGCCAAGAAUAUGUACGAGCUGGAAUGGGAUUGCAAAAUGGAGCAACAAGCGCAGAAAGCCAUUUCCUCUUGCUCUUACAAAAUCACAAAUUGGGCCAAAAUGGGACAGAACAUAUUGAUGUGGACAAGCACCGGCGGAUUUGAUGAUCCAAUCAAAGAAAUCAAAUCAACAUUGGAUAUGUGGUGGGGGGAAGCGAAACAGUAUGGUGUCAGUGAUGCAGAAAACAAAUACACAAGCAAAAACAUAUAUAACUUUGCCCAUAUGGUUCACUCUGAGAUAACAAAAAUCGGCUGCGCUUAUAACAUCUGCAAAAAUAAAUUGGUCGUCACUUGCCUCUACAACGACAUUUUGUACUUAACUUACAAUAUGUGGGAGACAGGAAGAGCUUGCAGGACUGGUGCAGAUUGCACCACUUACCCCAACUCUGGCUGCUCUUCUGGGCUCUGCACAAAAGGAGCCGAUGUAAAAGAAACCAAUCAUAUGUGUCCCAAAAACAAAGGAAUGACUGACCGUGCAAGACAAAAAUUCUUAAAUCUUCACAACCAUUUCAGGUCAAGGGCUGCUCGUGGUCUAGAGCCUGAUGCACUGGGAGGAAAAACUCUCAAAGCUUCCAAGAUGCUCAAAAUGGUCUAUGACUGCGCAGUUGAAAAGAGUGCAUUGAGACAUGCCAACAAAUGUGUUUACGAGCACUCUAAGUCGGAACGAGAAGGACUUGGAGAAAAUCUUUUCAUGUCCAAAACGAUUGACUUGGAUAAAGUGAAGGCAGCUAAGCAGUCCUCUGAGGUAUGGUGGAAUGAACUGAAAGAGUAUGGCGUCGGUCGCUCUAAUAGACUAACAGAAGCGCUUUGGAACAGGCCUAAUACGCUUAUUGGACAUUACACCCAGAUGGCUUGGGGAACGAGUUACAAGCUUGGAUGUGCUGUCGUAGCUUGUCCUACAUUUACAUAUGCCGUCUGCCAAUAUGGACCAGCUGGCAAUUACUUCGGUAGGCUCAUUUACUCGAUCGGUGAACCGUGCAGCGGAUGCCCUGGAAAGUGCAGCAAAUCUGAAGGAUUAUGCAUUGUUUAG